CGGAUGAGCGGGCGGCGGGGGCCGCAGCGCGGCGGGCAGGCCCCGGGGCAGGCCGGCCGGCAGUACCCCAGGUGUGACCAUAAAAUAUGAUUCUUCACCAACUGCACCAAACUUCUUAAGUACUUCUUUUGCCACUUGGUCACCUGGCUUCAACUACAAUGCAACAAGCUUUAGAACUGGCAUUGGAUCGUGCAGAGUAUAUCAUUGAAAGUGCCCGUCAGAGACCUCCCAAAAGAAAAUAUUUAUCCAGUGGAAGAAAAUCUGUAUUUCAAAAACUCUAUGAUUUAUAUAUAGAAGAAUGUGAAAAAGAGCCUGAGAUAAAGAAGCUGAGGCGAAAUGUGAAUUUACUUGAGAAGCUGGUUAUGCAGGAGACGUUGUCAUGUCUGGUAGUGAACCUCUAUCCGGGAAAUGAGGGUUACUCACUUAUGCUCAGGGGAAAAAAUGGUUCAGAUUCUGAGACCAUACGGCUGCCUUAUGAGGAAGGCGAACUGCUUGAAUAUUUGGAUGCAGAGGAGCUACCACCAAUUUUGGUUGAUCUUUUAGAAAAAUCUCAGGUUAAUAUUUUUCAUUGUGGAUGUGUCAUAGCAGAAAUCCGUGACUAUAGGCAGUCUGGUAACAUGAAAUCUCCAACAUACCAAAGCAAGCACAUUCUUUUGCGUCCUACAAUGCAGACUUUAAUUUGUGAUGUGCAUUCUAUAACAAGUGACAACCACAAAUGGACACAGGAGGACAAACUUCUACUUGAGAGCCAACUUAUUUUGGCUACAGCAGAGCCUUUGUGUCUUGAUCCUUCAAUAGCAGUGACCUGUACUACAAACAGACUCCUGUACAACAAGCAGAAAAUGAAUACUCGCCCCAUGAAAAGGUGUUUCAAAAGGUACUCAAGGUCAUCUUUGAACAGGCAGCAGGAAGUAGGUCACUAUUCAAUGCCACCACAGCUCAGAAUACUUGACUACUUACAGAAAAGGAAGGAGAGGAAAGGCACCCAGCAGUAUGACCUCAAAAUUUCUAAAGCUGGAAAUUGUGUAGAUAUGUGGAAGCGGAACCCUUGCUACUUGACUGCACCUUCUGAAGUGGAUGUGGAAAAAUAUGCCAAAGUGGAAAAGUCUAUCAAGCCUGACGACUCACAACCAACUGUUUGGCCAGCACAUGAAAUAAAAGACGAUUAUGUGUUUGAAUGUGAAGUUGGUAAUCAGCUGCAAAAAACAAAGCUGACGAUUUUUCAGUCUCUUGGCAAUCCGUUGUACUAUGGUAAAAUUCAGACACUCAAAGGUGACGAGGAAAGUGACAGCCUAUUAACUCCAUCACAGUUCCUCAUUGGUUCCAAGACUGAUGCUGAAAGAGUGGUGAACCAGUAUCAGGAGUUAGUACAAAACGAAGCUAAAUGUCCUGUGAAAAUGUUUCAUAAUUCAGGUGGAUCAGUCAAUCUCAGUCAUCUUUCUCCAGGGAAGGAAAUGGAACAGCCAGAAAGUAUAUCAGGCUCUGUUCAGUCUUCAGUACUGGGGAAAGGUGUAAAACACCGACCUCCUCCCAUCAAAUUACCUUCAAGUUCAGGAAGUAGCUCUUCAGGUAAUAUUUUUAGUCCACAGCAGUCAAGUGGCCAUCUAAAAUCCCCAACUCCUCCUCCUCCUCCUCCUCCUUCUAAGCCACCUGGUCUUUCUCGGAAGCAAUCUAUGGAUCUUAAUCAAGUUAGCAUGCUCUCUCCAGCUGCCAUGUCUCCUGCGAGCUCUUCACAAAGGUCUGGAACUCCUAAACCAUCUACUCCUACUCCAACCAACACCCCUUCAUCGACCCCACACCCUCCUGAUGCUCAGAGCUCAACUCCUAUUACCCCUUCUGCCACCCCUACUCCCCAAGAUUCAGGCUUCACCCCUCAGCCCACUUUGUUAACCCCGUUUGCUCAGCAGCAAAUGUCUCUGAGCCAGGCAUUGCCUGUAAUGACCAUUCCUCUUUCCACCAUGGUAACAUCCAUUACUACAGGAACAACCUCCACCCAGGUCAUGGCAAACCCUGCAGGACUUAACUUCAUCAAUGUAGUGGGCUCUGUGUGUGGAGCACAGACAUUGAUGAGUGGUUCAAACCCUAUGUUGGGGUGCAACACUGGUGCCAUAGCCCCUGCAGGUAUAAAUCUGAGUGGCAUUUUACCAUCAGGAGGUCUGGUACCAAGUGCACUGCCCGCUGCAAUGCAGUCUGCCUCUCAAGCAGGUUACCCUUUUGGUUUGAAAAAUGCAUCAAAUCUUCGGCCCUUAAAUCUUCUACAGCUUCCAGGUGGUUCCUUUAUUUUUAACCUGCUCCAGCAGCAGCAGCAGUCUCAGCAGCCUACAACCUGUAGCCCUCAGCCACAGGGAGAAGAGGGGUCUGACCAAGGUCCAUCCAAUCAAGAUCAGGCAUUAUCUGCCCAACAAGCUGCUGUUAUUAACCUGACUGGAGUAGGGAAUUUUAUGCAACCUCAAGCCACAGCAGUUGCGAUUCUUGCAGCAUCAAAUGGCUAUGGCGGCAGCAGCAGCAGCACAAGCAGCUCACCUGCGACAUCAACAGCAUUCAGGCAGCCACUCAAAAAGUAAAAGGAAAAGAGGCACACCAGCCCCUCCAAAAUCCUGAGACUUGCAUUUUUUUUUCUCUAUAAAAAUUAUUCAAAGGUGAUUUUUUUUUUCCAGUUCAAAAAGGAGAAAGCUUAAAAACAAAUCAGUGUUUUAUAUUACUGGUGGGAAACCGGCCUUUUGACAUUACACUGAAAUAAACUGGUUUUGGAAGCUACCCCUAUAUAACGUGGCGACUUCAUUGAUAAAGCAGCUAGGGUCCGGUUUCCUUUUAAGUCACUUAAUUUUUUAACAGAAUGUUUUAUCUUGUAUUUUUUACCAUUCAGCAGCAUUGUACAUAGUAUAAGGGUGAAAAGCAUUUUAGAAAAAAAUGAACUUUGUAAAUGUAGUAUUGGUAUUUGUUUAUUUAGUAUAAAAAGGUUUGUGAACACUGUAACAAAUACAAUUUUUACAAAUCCA